AUGGCCGAGCAAGUACAAUAUCAUUUGGAGCGGAUGCUACCCGAGCUACGGGAUCUCGAAGAACGUGGAGUCUUUAGCAAAGUCGAAAUAAAGUCCAUAGUUAAAUCCCGCACAUCCUUCGAAUACGCCAUCCACCGCCGCAUAACCUCAAAAUCCGACUACCUCCGCUACAUAUCCUACGAAAUCAAUCUCGAAAAGCUUCGCAAGAAGCGCAAACACCGACUUGGACUAAACCAGCCUGCCAACAAACGUAACGGCGCGAAAGGAAUCACUGUUAGUGACUAUUCUAUCGUCCAACGAAUCCAUUCCCUGUAUCAAAAGGCUCUGAAAAAGUUCGGUGGUGAUGUUGAACUGUGGGUGGAAUACUUGAACUGGGCACAGGAGAUCAAGAGUACGAAAGCCCUGGGAAAGAGCUUUGCAAGGGCUAUACAGCUGCAUCCGUUGAAGGAGGUGUUUUGGAUUAUGGCGGCCGGGUGGGAGUUUGAGGAGAAUCAGAAUAUGGUUAAUGCUAGAUCACUCUUCCAACGGGCGUUACGUCUCCUCAACAGCUCAAAGCUCGUAUGGCACGAAUACUUUAAACUUGAAUGUCUGUAUCUCCACAAGCUGUUGCUACGACGCAAGAUCUUGAUGGGCGCCGAUGACAAGAAGGAAGCUAACGAUGUCAAGGAAGGAGAUUCAGAUAACGAAGACGACGAUGAAGAUGGGACGAUGAUAAAACUACCGUCGUUGCCUCAAGAAUCUGAAUUACGACCAUUGCCUUUACAAUCGGAAUCCGCAUUCACUGUUGCCGAAACGCUACUCAGUGAAGGAAUGACUCCUGCCCAAACAGCCUUUUUCGAUGGUGCUAUACCUAGAGCUAUAUAUCGGAAUGCUAUCAAAGAAAUUUCAAAAGACCUUGAUUUCAGACUUGAAUUCCUUUCCAUUUAUCGGAAAUUCGAGUUUCCGUCUGUCGGGCAGAAUGAAGUUUAUGAUUCAAUCGAACGAGACUUCACCACUGUACAAAGCAAGGCUGCUUUAGCUCAACGAUAUCUAUGGUUGGACGCAUCAAACGAUCCAACAAGUCCGUUAUUCCCUGCUGCAUUGAAGAAAUGUGUGGAUGCGUUUGAAGCUUGUUUCAAAGACCUUCCAGAAAUAUGGCAGGCAUAUCAUGACUUUGUUCAGGAUGUGCUGUCACGCUCUGAUGAAGGAAACAUGAGCAAGUUUUUAGAAAGGUUGUUGGAAGGGAUAAAUUCUAGGAAGCCGUGA